GCCACUAAAUAUUUUUUCUGUAUUCAAAUAAGUGAUUGCCCCUUGACUAAUCACUAGUUGGUCAUACUAGUACUUAAGACACAACGGCUAUGUUUAUGCAACUGGCCCACAUGUUGUUUGUUAUGUAUAUAAGGCAGGCAAUUCUCCAAUCUGAGCUGUGAUAGUGUGCAUUAGAGCAAGUGAGUUAUGUGUUUAUAUCCUGUUCUGCUGAGCAAAGGUCACCUUUCAAGACAGCAGCGCUGCUUUGCAUUUGUUUUGUUGUCUAGCACUUUCUAAGACGCAUAUGUGUGAGUCAGUUUUUACAUGAGAGUCAGGUUAAGACGGUUCAGAAGAAAGACAACAGGUUUUCUCAUAUGUAAAGCGAGAAGUAUGCAUGUUUCUCUCCUAACAGAUUGCAAAACAAACAGCAGUUCCCAGAGAUGCAGUGGUGCAGGUGGGCCGGCGGCUGGACGUCUCACCUCCAGGCGCAGGUAGACAGGGGUGUGUCUGUUUGCAUUUGAGUCAGUGUUUCAAAGAAACAAGGGACAUGGCAGAGAAAAGGAGUUAAUGUUGUGUGACUUGAGGUCAAAGCGUAGCUAGAGUUAACUUUGUUUUGGCAGUAUGGCGGUUUCUUAAGUGCUAGCUUAAAGAAAAAUCCUGUCUUAAAAAAAUAUAUGACAGACGUAGGUUAAAAUAGCACUGAACCUGUGACAUUAUCACCCUGAAUGAAUCGUUUCGGGGUCUGUGGGUCACCAUCCGCAAGUAUUUAUUGCAGAAAUGCAGUCCACAGGGCAAGAGGAUGAAGAUCGCUGUGACUUUUUGUUCAAGAUCAUCCUGAUCGGCGACAGCAACGUGGGAAAGACCUGCGUGAUCCACAGCUUCAAGUCUGGGGUGUUCAGUGACAACCAGCACAACACUAUUGGAGUGGACUUCACCGUUCGCAGCAUAGACAUCGAUGGGAAGAAAGUAAAGAUGCAGGUCUGGGACACGGCGGGACAGGAGCGUUUCCGCACCAUCACACAGAGUUACUACCGAAGCGCCCACGGUGCCAUGAUCGCGUACGAUCUGACCCGACGACCCACCUUUGAGUCUCUGCCGCACUGGAUACAAGGAGUGGAGCAAUACGGAGCCGCCAAUGUCGUCUUCGUUCUGAUAGGAAAUAAGUGUGACCUGGAGGCGCAGCGGCAGGUGCUGUUUGAGGACGCGUGUACACUAGCGGAGCGGACCGGUGCGCUGGCCGCCCUCGAGACCUCCGCCAAACAGUAUCAUAACAUCGAGGAAGCCUUCGAACUGAUGGCCCGGGAACUCAUAGUACGACACGGAGGAAUGGUUGGACAUCAGGACAACCAAUCAGAUUCACAGACCGUUUACUUGCACUCGGAUUCUCAUCCAAUAGAUGGAGGAAAACACCUGGAGAAGAGGUCAUGUGACUGCUGACUGACAAGUUCCACAGUUUGGCUAGUUUAUUCUAUUGUUUAAUAAUAAUAUUAUAUAAACUCAUCAAAAAAAGAAACGUCACGCAAGCGUUUGUAUUUUACAAAAUUAUAUUUAAAAUACAGUAUCCUGAAAAAAGGAUGUUUCCUUUUUCCUGAGUUUAUAUAUAUAUAUAAUUACUAAUUAUUUAUUAAAGAGUAUAUAUAUAUAUAUAUAUAUGUAUAGAUGGACAAAGACGCUAAAAACAGUGGAAAUGAUGUAAAAACAAAUCAGACAUCUCAGAAAAUUUAAUGUUGCAUUUAAUAAAUGAACUUUGUAAACAUUAUGUAAGUAUAAUAUUACAGUUUACCUCUUAUGGGACAUUUAUUCUGCAGUAGAUUGUGUACAGUACAAUAAAAUGCAUAAAAUAUUAAAAACAUUAAGUCAUUAAA